AAAAUUCAUUACGAAAAACUGCUAAUAUCUUUUAUAUAAAAUAUCCCAAUAAAGCUAAACUUAGUCCGAUGACUAUUAAAAAUCUUGUGAAUAAAUUUACUAAAUCAGGAAAUAUAGCAGAUGAUUAUCAUUCUGGCCAUCCACUAAGUGCAACUAAUCAUACUAAACAAGAGGCUACUAUUAAUGCUCUUCAAGAGAAUCCACAACAAUCAACAAAUCAACUUGCAAUGAAACUCAAUGUUUCUUCUUCUAGCAUUUGA